GAGCUUUUUAAAUUUUAAAGGUGAAAAAUCGAUAGUUCAUUAAAGUUUGCGUGGUGAAUGGUCAUAUAGCCAAAUUUACACGACCAAACCAGCCAACCCAAUCGUUCGUUUUGUGUGUUUGGUCAUUGGCAAAUUGGGUCGCGCGGGAGAUAGCGAUUAACGAACGAGAAAAGAGGACAGUAAAGGAAGUAGUUUUAGUUUCAGUUUCAGACGUAGGGACAAGAUCUUGCAAUCCCGUACAAAAGCAGCACCUCACGUGGAGAUGGUUCCCUAUUAAUAUUUCCUUUUUUUUUUUUAAAUUUAUAUAAUCUUAAUACUACAUUUAUAUUACAUUGCAAGAUCCAGCAUCCACACAUUCCGAUAAUCAACGCCAACCCUACGAUUUUCUCCUUUUAUUUUAUUAUUAUUGUCUUGGCCUCUCUCUCUCUAUAUUUCUCAAUCCGAUUUCUCACUUCGGUUCCUCAUUGCUGUCAUUUCAGUUCCUCUGGGCUCAGUAGCGUUUGUUUUCGAUUCAUGUUUUUUUUUUUUUUUAAUUCUUUCUAUCAUUUACUUAGCUAGUGUUUAGUUUUGUCAUUCAUUCAUUUGUCGUUUGCAUUUGUUUUGUAUCUGACUACUUUGGAUUUUCGAUAUCAGUAUUGUUUCUUUUGCUGCUGAUUGUUGUUUGAUAGAUUUUUUUUUUUUGGUGCUUCAUUGAUAGGCUGUGUUUUGUUUUUAAAUCUUGUCUCUGAUUAGUUGCAAAGCUCUGGUUGUUGUUUGAUUCGUUUGGUUUGAUUUGUGAUCUGGGUCUGUGGUAUUUGUGGGAUUUGUUGAGUCUAUCAAUGGGCGCUUUGGAUGAGGGGCAUUUCCAUGUGGAGCUUGAAAAUGGAGCGAAACUGAGUGGCCUUGAGCUUGGUUUUGAGCAACAACCUGAGACUCUCGCUAUUGAAGAGGCUGUUAAAGUUCUCUUGCAGGGCUUAGGUGAAGAUGUCAGUAGGGAAGGUCUCAAAAAGACCCCUCUUCGCGUCGCCAAGGCUCUUCAUGAAGGAACAAGAGGUUACAGACAAAAUGUGAAAGACAUUGUUCAAGGUGCUUUGUUUCCUGAAGUAGGUUUAGAUAAUGGAAUUGGUCAUGCAGGUGGAGCAGGUGGGCUUGUGAUUGUUCGAGAUCUUGACCUCUUCUCAUACUGUGAAUCCUGUUUGCUUCCAUUCCAAGUUAAGUGUCAUGUUGGCUACGUGCCUUCUGGUCAACGGGUUCUGGGAUUAAGCAAGCUCUCCAGAGUUGCUGAUAUUUUUGGAAAACGGCUCCAAGACCCACAGCGUCUCGUAUACGAAGUGUGUUCAGCUUUGCAUCAUGGGAUUAAGCCUGCCGGUGUUGCUGUUAUAAUGCAAUGCUUACACUUGCAUUUCCCAAGUCUGGAGUCAGCCUUUCUUGAGCCAAAUCAUCAAGGUUGGGUGAAGGCACUGGUGUGUUCAGGUUCAGGAGUCUUCGAAGAUCAAGAUGCAGAUGUUUGGAGUGAUUUUUUGAGUCUUCUGAGAUUCAGAGGUGUAAAUGUUAAUAAAAUUCAUAUGAAAGACUUUGUUGAAAAAUGUUGGUGUCCAUCCAAGUCUUCCUUAACUGCUAAAAUUUCUUCAAAGCUAGAACCAGCCCACCAAGGAAUGGUCGCUGCAGUUACUUCAAUUCUCAGAUCUCUGGGGGAGGAUCCAGCCAGGCAAGAACUUUUAGGAACUCCUAGUCGUUUUGUGAAGUGGUUCAUGAACUUUCAGAACACAAAUCUGGAGAUGAAGUUUAACAGCUUUGCUUGUAGAAGAAUGGAUAUACAUAAACCCAAUAGAGAACACAAUAAGGAACAAGUACACUCUGAGCUUAGCUUACCGUUUUGGUCUCAAUGUGAGCAUCAUUUACUUCCUUUUCAUGGUGUCGUACAUAUUGGAUUCUUCUGCACUGAAGGAUUUAAUCCAAUUGGAAAAUCCCUUCUACAGUCGAUAGUACAUUUUUAUGGUUUCAAGCUCCAAGUACAAGAAAGACUCACUAGGCAGAUUGCUGAGACUGCUUCAUCAAUCUUAGGGGGUGAUGUGAUGGUAGUUGUGGAGGCUAGCCACACCUGCAUGAUCUCUAGAGGGAUUGAGAAGUUUGGAAGUAGUACAGCAACUGUUGCUGUGCUGGGUCGAUUUUCAACUGAUCCUGCAGUCAGGGCAAUGUUUUUACAGAGUAUUCCAAAGACUACAUUGGGAGGUUGAUAAUUGGGACCCCCACCCAUGUUGAUUGUGAUAGAAACAAAUCGAUAAAGCCAUUUCUUUGCUAUUCUUGUUGGAUGCUUGCAUCUGCACUGGCGAUUGCAUGGCAGUGGAUGAGUUGUGAUAGACCUGUCAUGGUUGACUCAAAGUCAUUCUUGGUAUCGCUGAGGAUGGUAUUGCAUCUGCACCUAGUCAGAAGUGGCAUCAUAACUGAGGAUUCAAAUUUCAUGAUCAUUUAUUUUAGGUUCAAGUUCAACUUACAUUACUGUAGCAUAAACCCCUUCGUAUAGAAAUUUUGGAAGGCAUGCCAAUUUUUCAUGGUUUUUUCUCGGUACACCAUUUUUCUUUUCUAAAAUAUGCUUCCGAUAUUGGAAAAAACUCCCAUAUUUUUACUGCAGUUCAUCACAUGGAAAUGGAAAAAAAAAAAAGUUUAGUGUGA